AUGACUUCCAAGCAGAAUCCACCGUCUCUGUACGGCAUCCAGCGCACCAAACAGGGUCCUAGUCAAAAAGAUAUCACAUCGUCCUCGACGUUAGCAUUCACGUCGCAUCUGUCGUCACUCAUAUCGAAAGACGCCUCCGCAUCCUCCUCCAUAGCAUCAAAAUCCAGAACCGACCGCGGUGGGAGUUACACAUUCGCGCGAGGACGCGCGCGUCCAUCGAAAAGCGCAAAGCCGGAUAUAUUCUCCGUCCACAAUAAAGGAGCCCUCAAACGCGCUGCUGCAGACGACGCAGCCGGGGACAGUCACGAUGUACUACAAGUACACCAAAGGAGCGACACACUCGGCCACGUCGAUGCGGCAACAAUAGAGAGAUCCAAGCGGCGCAUGGCAGAAAAGGCAGAUUUAUAUGAGAAUUUAAGGAAAGGACAUCACCUGGCCGAUGGCGAUAGUAGUGAUGAGGAUGAAUCUAGAGAUGAUCACGUGUCUCGAAUGAGGAGGAAAGAGAGAAAUGCUCUUGUCGAUUUUGAUCGGAAAUGGGCAGAGGAUAAAGAACAAGAAGAAGGCGACGACAUUGAUGAAGAUGAUGAAGAUGAUGAUGAUGAUGGCACCGGAUCACUAGUUGAUUACGAAGACGAAUUUGGCCGCACACGCCGUGGCACGAGAGCGGAGGCUGCACAAGCAGCACGAAUCAAAAGACAGUCCGAGGCAGCGAUGACUAAAGAGGAAUAUUCGCGCCCAGCACGACCCUCGAAUUUAAUAUAUGGCGAAGCCAUCCAGACACAAGCAUUCAAUCCAGAUGCGGCAAUAGCAUCGCAAAUGAAGUAUUUGGCCUCCAAACGAGACCGAUCCGUCACACCACCGGAAAGUAAACACUAUGACGCAGAGGCGGAAGUGCGCACGCGUGGUACGGGAUUCUACAAAUUCUCCCAGGAUGCGAAAACACGAGAGCAAGAAAUGAAAGACUUGCUUAAUGUCCGUCGAGAGACGGAGCGAGAAAGAGAGGAGCGUGGCCGGCGGAAAGCUGAACGCGAGCGUUUGAAGCAAGAGAGGAGGGCGAAGAUACGUGAGUUAAGAGGGAAACGCCAGGCUGAGAAGUUUCUGGAUGGACUUGAAGUUUCGGUUUAA